AUGCCUGCAGCAUGCCUGGAGCAUACCCUCUCCAGGAAUGCUCCAGGUAUGCUGCAGGAGAAGAGCAGCCUAGAGCAAGAAGGGGCACAAGUAGUGAUGGACAAGAAGGGCAGCUACAACAGCAGCGACAACAGCAGUGACAACAGCAGCAACAACAGCAGUGACAACAGCAGCGGCGACAACAACAGCGACAACAGCAGCGACAACAGCUACAACAACAGCGAUAACAGCAGCGACAACAACAGUGACAGCAGCGACAACAACAGUGACAGCAGCGACAACAACAGUGACAGCAGCGACAACAACAGUGACAACAACAGUGACAACAGCAGCGACAACAGUAGUGACAACAACGGCGACAACAACAGCGACAACAGCAGCGACAACAACAGCGACAACAACAGCGACAACAGCAACGACAACAACAGUGACAACAGCAGCGACAACAACAGCGACAACAACAGCGACAACAACAGCGACAACAAUAGUGACAACAACAGCGACAACAACAGCGACAAUAACACUGACAACAACGGCGACAACAACAGCGACAACAACAGUGACAACAACAGUGACAACAACAGCGACAACAACAGUGACAACAACGGCGACAACAACAGCGACAACAACAGUGACAACAACAGUGACAACAGCAGCGACAACAGCAGCGACAUCAGCAGUAACAACAGCAGCGACAAUAACAGCGAGAACAGCAGUGACAACAUCAGCGACAACAGCAGCGACAGCAGCAAUGACAAUAGCAGCGACAACAGCAAUGACAACAGCAGCGACAAUAACAGUAACAACAGCAGCGACAAUAACAGUAACAACAGCAGCGACAACAGAAGCGACAAUAACAGUAAAAACAGCAGCGACAACAACAGUAACACCAGCAGCGACAAUAACAGCGAGAACAGCAGCGACAAUAACAGCGAGAACAGCAGCGACAACAGCAGCGAGAACAGCAGCGACAACAGCAGUGACAACAGCAAUGACAACAGCAGCGACAGCAGAAGCGACAACAGCAACAACAACAAUGACAACAGCAGUGACAACAGCAGCGACAACAGCAGCGACAACAGCAGUGACAACACCAGCUACAACAGAAGCGACAACAGCAGAGACAACAACAGUAACAACAGCAGCGACAACAACAGCAAUGACAACAACAAUGACAACAGCAGUGACAACAACAGUGACAACAGCAUUGACAACAGAAGCAGCAACAUCAGUGACAACAGCAGCCCUGGGCAACGACCAGCUUCCCCUCAAACUGUCACCACCUGCAGUCUAGUAAUGAAGAGUCGAUUUCUUUGUUGUCCGGGUCGAGCGCAGACGACUUUAACCGCUCUGAGACUUUUCCCGACACAGCAGGAAGCUCCGCGCCCAUCCCGUGAAUCGUGUGAUGGACAUUUUGCUUCGGGAGAUUUGAAGAUUUCUGAAGAAUGGAUCAAAAAUCCAUAUUCCUACAAUUUGGAGAUAAUGACAGAUGAUGCUGAGCUGAAGGCAGCUGUUAUUGAUUUCCGGACAAGUCGAGCUUUUGAAAUGCAAUUUGAAAUCAAGACUUUUGGAGGAGUUGCUGGUAUUCAGAACAGGAUAUUACUUCCAUGA